AUGAGCCAUAAAGGACGGCAGGGAAGGAUGAGCGAGUGUUCUGGAGCAGCUGUUUCGGGGGCGGUGAUCCUGGAGGAACCUGAAGCUUCAGGGGCUUCGGGGGGCCGAGUUGAGGGCCAGGCCCAGGAUCAGGGUCCCCUUCGCUGUGCGGUUUGGCCUCGCCAGCAGACAUGGCUGUGUGUGGUCCCCUUACUUAUCGGCUUCAUUGGCCUUGGAUUGAGUCUGAUGCUGCUCAAAUGGAUUGUUGUUGGUACAGUGCGGGAUUACGUGCCAACAGACCUGGUGGAUGCUAAUCGAAUAGGCCAGGAUCCUAUUUUCCUCUCCAAGCCAAGUGGGAUUCCCAAAAGUCCCGAUACCACCACCACGACAACUACUCCUACAGUUGAUGGAGGGAACCCCACAGCCAGAACUGUAACUAUUGGGAAAGGUAGAACUCGUUCCACUGCUACUACCACGACCAUGAACCCUCGAGCGGGAGGAGCCUCAGUUAGCCAAGUAACCCCACGGAAUCCAGUAAAUCGGAACGGACGUGGACCCUCUGGUUUUACUACAACCACCGCAGCGCAACGGACGACCUUGGUAAUUGGAACGGCAACGUCAAGCCCCUCGCCGUCCAACCCGACUGUCCUCCAUGACUCUACGCAGAUGUGGACGCUGGAGCAUACUACCACCGAGACGGUCUCCACCACGCUCACCACGCGUACGCACGGCCACCGCAAAACACCGUCUCCGACUGUCCCUCCGCUGCGCUCGGAGCAUUUCAAACCCUGUCAUGAGAAGGACCUGGCCUACUGCCUGAACGGUGGCGAAUGCUUUGUCAUCGAGACGCUUAGCGGGCCCCACAAGCACUGCAAGUGUCGAGAAGGCUACCAGGGGAUCCGCUGUGACCAGUUUCUGCCAAAGACGGACUCCAUCCUGUCUGACCCAAUUGAUCACUUGGGCAUCGAGUUCAUGGAGAGCAAAGAGGUGUACAAGAGACAGGUGCUGUCAAUCACAUCCAUCGCUAUGGCGAUCAGCCUCCUGGGAACCCUGUGCAUGGCCCUCUACUGCCGCAACAAGAGGCGCAGAGAGAAGCUCCAGGCCCAUCUGAAGGAGAGUCGCAGUCUGAAAAACUACACCGCUAAUUCCCAUAACGCCCUGGACUCCAAGAUGAGGGUCCCUAACACCAACCUGCAAAUGCAUGAGUACUGCAAAAGGUCCUCCCAGUCCCGCCAGGGGAACGUCUGUGGGUCCAGCUUUCCACACUGCAACAUCUCCACCACAUCCAACGGCUCCAGGGGCGCCGCGAAACAUCAGAGAACUGGUUCCUUGUCUCACAGCCCGGAUCAAAGAACCCGGGCAGCCCAUUGGUUAGCUCCACGCAGGACCCCGCCCAUACCCAGGGGAAAGCUGAAUCCGAUUGGAGGAUCCAAAUAUUCAGGCCCCGCCUACCAACACCUGCAGGAAGUGGACUCUUGUGAGGCUGAAGCACAAAGAGGCUGCCAAAUGCACGCGGAGAACCAAUGUGACGACCCCAGACGAGAUGCCUUCCUACAUAUGCAAACUCCUGUUUCCAUGGAGACGUCGUCGUCGCCAUCGCCUUGGAGCGGCCGCAUGGAGGCGCGUUCAGGCCCGUUCGAGCACGCCGAUCCCAAUCCCAUCACCCGCAGCCUGCGCAGGCCCGGACGCCGCCACAGCAACUCCCCGCCACCUCCGUUUCGCUCCUGCUCCAUCCCCAUCAUCCCUUCCGUCCAGUGUCACCAUGACGACGAGGUGUCCUGUAUGCAAACCAGCGUCACGCCGGCGACAACAACGAUGUCAGUCAUCCGCGCAGCCGCGCCCUGCAAGGAUGUGAGGAGGGAGAAGGCGGCGCACGCCACGUUUUUUCUUCUUUCUUCUUCUUCCUACUCGUCCGCCGUUGGUCCGCAGCAGGACGAGGUGGCGCUGCUGCUGGAGGAGGCGCAGGAGCAGCUCAGGGCGUUGGCGUUGGCGCACAGGAAGCAGGAAGACGGGGGGAUCAUCGGCAGCAUCGGACCGACGGCUGCCCCGGUGGAGGCCAGAGAAACUGUUUGCUUCCUGAACCUUAAUGGAGGAAGUGCUGGAGCGCUGAGCUGUAACGGACCCACGCAGACCCAGUUACUCAGCCCCAGCCUAUCACACAGAGACCUGGGCCAGAGCAGCCAAUGA